AUGCAGUCUACUGAUAUUGGAUGUAAAGGAAAUCUUUUUCUAAACAAAAUGGUUGGAAGCCGUAUUAUCGUUGUUCCAAAACUUCAAUAUGAAUCAGGCCUUAAACAGAUGAUGGAGAAAAUGGCAGAAAAAUUGUAAGUGGCCUUAAUGAAAAAAAAGACUGCAAAAACCUUUUUUUAGCUGGAACAUAACUGUAGUGAUAAACAUUGUAUUAUUUGUGAGAUAAGGCACUUUGGGCAAAAGAUCAGAAAACCCUACAGCUAUUAUUGGCCACCCACAAAUUGUAAACUUAAGGGUUUUUUUGUCCCCCUCCUUAAGAAAAAAUUUGAUUUCUAGUUGCCCUUUUUGCUUCUGUAUUUUUUUUUAUUUUAAUUAAUAAUUAAGUACGCUGGAUCCAGUGAAUGUUUUUUCAUACCUUUGAAUCAUAACGGGUCUUGACAAACUGCGAGCCAGCGAGCCAGCAAGUCAUGCGAGUCGAGCCAGCGAGUCAUGCGAGUCACGCGAGUCAUCAUGUGAACGUGAGCCAUGCGAGACAAAUGUUAGUUCGAUCCUGUCUUAGUAUGUGCUGCAUAACAAAAAUGCCAAGAAAUUCAUUAUUCCUUUUUCUCCAUCUCAAAUGACAUUGCAUCCAAUUGGAUCCAGAUUUAACGUAAGAACAGAGACUUAGCGUUGGAAUACUUUGAUUUAAUACCACUUGUACUUCUUGAGAUAUCGUUUGUUACAGUUCAUAGUUUAAUUCAGUGUCCAAAUGCAUAUAUUCGGUAAAACACACUUUGGAUAGAGCGAAGUCAACAUGCAUAAACCCAGUCUGCAUUCGUCCCCCUUCCCCCCCAAAAAAAAUAAUUUAAAAAGCUAUUUAGAGCCACUAUAAGGGGGUGAAACUUAACUACAGUUUACGAGUCGUUGCUAGGGACAUUAUUUCGUGGUUAUUAUUUCUCACGUGUCUUAAACCGCUAACAUGGAGGGAACCGUGAAACUGAACAUAAGACAACACUAAAUGGACAUUACACAUGCGCAACUAGUGCCAGUCCCCAAUCCCGCAAGCGCAAAAGUUCAAAGGAAAGAGAAUCCAUUUCUUUGGCGAAUCAUAAGCAAUUUAACUUUUUUUAACAUCUGUAGCAUGAAAUUAGCGUUCAGACGAAAGCAAGAAAGUCUGUUAAAGAAAAUGUAUGAAAAUACCCCUCAAUGACAUCAUAGCUUUUUCGAUAAAUGUGAAUUUUGAGAGGGAACGUUAAACUUGUUAGGAAGUCAGGUUUUUUUUUUUGCGAUAUUCUUAAGCCAUUGGCAUUGGUUUUAUUGUGAAAGAUGCAAGACGUUUGGGUUUCAAAGAGUGUCUUUUUUUAUGUUCUGGACAUGUGACUUACCACAUAUGGUGUGACUCAUUUAACGUGACCGAGGAAGAACCUUUACACCUUUGUUUAACGAAUUCUCAAACCUUUGUUACUGUUUCACCUCGUUCAUUGUAUGUUGGCGAAUUUUUCUGAAGCUGAAUUUUAAAGGACGUGCCUUUGGAAUAAAUAGGUUACCUAGUUACAGAGGCUAGUUUUUUUGUAGUUUACAUUAAAAACAAAGUUAUUUUAUGCUGACUCGCAUGGCUCGUUUGUUGACUCGCAUGGCUCGCAUGUUGACUUGCAUGACUCACUGGCUCCCUGGCUCGCAUAUUAUACACACUCAAUCAUAAUACCUAUCUAUAAUUACAUGUAACUGAUUCCAGAAUAUUGCUGGCCAACUCAAAAUGUCAUGUAGCAGUUGCACUACCGUAUUUAAUUUUCUAUUUUAUCAGAAAGCAACAGGGAUCCUCAGCAUAUUUGAUAGAGAUAUAG